UAACACACCUAUAAAACAGAUCUAUAUCCCGACCAUUCUCAAUCACUCUCACCGGUCACAAAAAAAAACAUAAAAACAAAAAAACAAGAAAAGUUCUAAUGGCUGCUUCAACCAUGGCUCUGUCCUCCCCUGCCUUAGCCGGAAAGGCCGUGAAGCUCUCACCAGGAGCCUCAGAAGUCUUUGGAACCGGCCGUGUCACCAUGCGUAAAACCGUCAAACCCACCGGUCCAUCAGGCAGCCCAUGGUAUGGAUCCGACAGGGUCAAGUACUUGGGUCCAUUCUCCGGCGAGCCCCCAAGCUACCUUACCGGAGAGUUCCCCGGUGACUACGGAUGGGACACCGCUGGUCUAUCCGCUGACCCCGAGACCUUUGCAAGAAACCGUGAGCUAGAAGUUAUCCACUGCAGAUGGGCCAUGCUUGGAGCCCUAGGCUGUGUUUUCCCUGAGCUCUUGGCUCGUAAUGGAGUGAAGUUCGGAGAAGCGGUUUGGUUCAAAGCCGGUUCACAGAUCUUCAGCGAAGGAGGGCUCGACUACUUGGGCAACCCGAGCUUGGUCCACGCUCAGAGCAUCUUAGCCAUUUGGGCUACUCAGGUGAUCCUCAUGGGGGCUGUUGAGGGUUACAGAGUCGCUGGAGACGGACCACUGGGAGAAGCCGAGGACUUGCUAUACCCAGGAGGCAGCUUCGACCCGUUGGGCCUCGCUGCUGACCCGGAAGCUUUCGCCGAGUUGAAGGUGAAGGAGAUCAAAAACGGAAGGUUGGCUAUGUUCUCCAUGUUUGGAUUCUUUGUACAGGCCAUCGUCACUGGAAAGGGACCUUUGGAGAAUCUUGCUGACCAUUUGGCUGAUCCAGUUAACAACAACGCAUGGGCAUUUGCCACCAACUUCGUCCCCGGAAAGUGAGCGAGUAAAAAGCUUAGCAAGAGAAAGAUAGUUCGUUUGUGAUGUUUCUUUUAAGUAAAUUUGUGAAAUUUCCAUUGUCGUACCAUUGUAUUAUUUAUACAUUGAACCUCGUUUUCUCAA